GCUCUAGCGGCUUUGCCUCUGGCUUCCCUCAGCGAGAGUUCGGAUAGGCGAAAGCUUCCUUUCGACCUGCUCUGGCGCGCACUUGGGGAGGUGACAAUUGAGCGGGUCCGACGCGCACUUCUAGUCUGCAUGGCUGCAGUGGUAGCGCAGCUGUUCGCCAUCAUGUGGAUGUCAUCACGGCAAGCCAAGGGCCUGGUGCCCCCGGAGCAGAUGCCCUGCGUGGAGCCGAG